AUGUUGGAGCUGAAGGCUUCAAUUCAGUCAUUGACUCUCGCAAUGCAGAUGUUUGAGGACUGUAUUGUUGGUCGCAUUCUAGACGACUUGAAAUCACGACAUGAUGAACUUGGUGUUCACAUUCACCAUGACGUUAUUGGUGCUGAUGGAGAGAAUGUAACUCAUGUCGAUGAUGUUCUCAAUGAUGAUGUGGCAAAGGAUGUGAACCUUCAAUUAGUUGAUGCUGAAGGAGACCAUGUUCCUCAAGCCGAUGCAGUUGUCGAUGCAUCUGCGAGAGGGGAGGGGGACCUUCACUCAGUUGAGACUGAAGGAGACCAUGUUCCUCAAGAUGAUGCAGUAGUCGAGGUAGCUACAAGAGGGGAUGGGAACCUUGCAUCAAUUCAGGCUGAGGGGAACUAUGUUCCUCAUAGCACUCUUGAAGGCAGCGCAUCACGGUUGUCGUCACCUGAGUUAUCUGAUGUCCAUCAUCAUGAAGCAUUCAUUUUAAACCCAACUGAACUGACACGGGGUCAAAAUGGCCAGCAAAUACAUGGCAAGCUCGUACGUGACCCAUUGGUGAGCCAUUGGGAUCUGAAGAACUCAAUGGUGGAAGCAUACAAAGCUUUCAAGAAUAACGAUUGUGCGAGCAUAACGUUAAGAUCUUAAGGGAUCAAGAGGUUGACUUUUUCACAACAUUAGAGGAUCCAAAAGAGGAAAUGACAAGUGAACAAAUAGACACAUGCUUCAACGUACUGUGUAAGUGAAUGAUAGGGUCGAAGUCCAAGUUGUACAACACCCGUGCAUG